UAAAACUGCAGUUUUCGGUAAAUUUAGCGGAUGCGGAAGUGGCUCCAACCGGACGUAAACAUCAGGUCUGUGUCGCAGAGAUGGUGUACGUGUCCAACGGUCAGGUUCUGGACAACAGGACCCAGUCACCGUGGCGAUUAUCCUUUUUCAGUGACUUGUUUUGGGGGGCUGUGGAGUUUAUCGGCCUGUUUUUUCAGACGCUGGUUCAGCCAGACCUGACGAAGGAUGGCAAAGCUGGCUCCACCUCUCGCUUAACUGAUGGCAGAGGACCCCCAGGGCCCCCGGGAGGCCGCAGGCGAAUGGGCAGGAUAAACCACGGAGGAGGGCCCAGCGCCCCCCCCAUGGGAGGAGGAGGAUGAGGAAGGUGA